CUCGCUCUCCUCAGCCUGCUUUUUGGGGGGAUAAUCCUGUUAGCACCUCUUCUGUCAUAGCUGAUGUAAAAAAAGAUAAGGAUUUGCUUUUUAGGAAGAGGAAUCACUGUGUUUCCCUUCUGACUGGAUUACAGGGAUGCUGUCAGAGUGCCCUGGAGUAUUGUCACUGUCACUCAACAGCCUCAAUGGUGAAAGAACCUCUGAAUUGGCAGCACAUCACCUGAAAUACUGAUGUCAGAGCAUGUGAGCCAGCCCGGCCUAACCACUGUAAUCAGUGCUUAACAUGCUUAAAGGUUUCCCCAGUUUCACAGGACAGAGAUUAUCAAAUAUUCCCAUUCCUUGUUCUCAUUGAACUGCAGGGGGCAUUGAGAAGUCUUGGGCCAGGAGAACCCAGGACAUGCUCACAAACACAGGUUGCUUGGUCUCUGCUUCAUUCCCAGUCACUCUGCUGUUAAGCACAAGCAAAGAACUGUCAAAUUGAUUUCUUCACCAACAGAAAUACUGGGAUUUUCCAUUGUCUGCAUAGCUGAGAUGCCUGGACACCUGAAUUAGCACAAAUUCCUGAUGUGGAUACAGCUCUGUAGUGAGAUGCUGACUUCAGAAACAGAGACAGGACAGCCACUCCUGGUGUCAGAAAACCCUAAAGUCAACUUGGACAUCCUUUCUGUUUGGGAAUAGAAAUGUGCCCUCCUUUUCUACAGAGAAAGAUGGUUGAUCACAAUGGUUUUGUGCAUUUCUAGCUGCUGUAAAUGUUUCCCAGCACGGUACCUCCCAUGGGCAAGAGGAUUUUCCUGAUAUUCACUUUUUCUUCUCAUCUUACCCUGUUGACUUCUUGCAGCACCCUGUGCCUCAUUCCACCCUGCCUGAAUCCUUUGUCUAGUUUCAUUCUGAGUCAAGCUUUUCCUCAGGCUGGUGUCUGCUCAGCUGCUUGCAAAGGAAUUGUUGGUUUUGUUUACCAGCUUUAUCAUUCCCCACCAAAAUCACUCCAGUUUGCAUCUGUCUUUAGUGUAUACAGACAGUGGAUGGUCCUUUGUGUUUAAGGAAGUAGAAAUUAUAUUGCACCAGGUGAGCAGGAAAUGAUAAGGGAAACGGAGAGUUUGCCACAGGAGGGGAGAAAGGUUUGGCUGGUUUAGCCUGCAAAAGGCAAGACCUCAUAGACUGAAAAAGAUUAUCAAGGCUAAAGAGAUUCAGCAUAAAUGGCCAUGAGUAGGGUAAAGACAGAAAUUGUGAUGUUCACCAUUGAGGAAAUGGGACUUUAGGACAGACAGACAAAAAAAAGGUGCAGUGGAGUUUGAAGUAUGCAUAAGGUGUGUCUAAUGAUUGCAUUGUAAUGUUGUACCAUGGUGUUGUCCAGAAGAUGAUUGUGACUUCUCUUGUGUCUCCUAAAGUGAUCGAGAGUGUCAGUCCUCCCUUUUUCUGACUGAGCUGUGCCUCCGGCACUAUUGCUGAGCAGUAUGGACAAAAGGGGUGGGAAAACAAAGAGCUUUUCUCCAGGUACUCCUGUAAUCUGAUCUCUGAGGUGACUCAGCCUCUCUCAACAACAGCUGUCUCGGGGCAUGCAGUGGUUUGUGAGCAGUAGCGAAGAUUUUGCUGCCACUUCCUGAUUUCUGCCUUCAGAGCCAUCGAAGCUGGGACAUGAUCCGAGCAUUUAAAUGGACUUCUCAGCCCCAGGACCGGCAGACUUUGGGACACAGUACAGAGGAAUAGAGGCAUCAGGAAAGAGCCCACAAACCACUUGUGCAGAGCUGUCAAACGGAUGAAGACAGAAACUUGUGAGAGAAAACUGCAUGGAAAGUUCCUAUUAAGGAAAGGAGUGAGGUUUUGUUUGCGUUCUGUGGCUCACCUAUCACACAAAGCCUGAAAGCACUGUAAAAACUGAAAAGUGUGAAAGGGAACCUCAGGUGUACCCAUGGAAAAGACAGAUGACCAGAACUGCCAGGAUAAACAUGAAGAGGACAACGCAAAGAGUUCCCCAUUUGACUUUGUUAUAAAACAAUUCCAAGGAAAGAAGUGUGCUCCUGAAAAAAGGAAAGAGCAGCCUUCAGCCAUCAAACAAUUCUUCAAAGGCUUUGAGUUUGGGAAAUCUGAAGGCAAGGACAGAAGGGAAAUUGAAGAAAUAGAAAUAAGCAAUGACGAAGCUGAUGAUCAGAGUGAAAAGCAAGAGCUCUCUGUAGAAGAUGGACUUUCACAUCUCAUUUCUGAAGCAGAGUCACCAUCUGGUGAGCAGAGAUUUAACCAGUUCAUGGAGAAACUGGGAAAGGAACCCAGCAGCAAGAAUCUGGAUCUAAAUAAUUGUGCACUGAGUGCAGAAGAUAUAACAGAGUUGGCUUCUUUACUGCCAUUUCUCCCAGAGCUGGAAGAGCUCAGCCUGUCCUGGAAUGGUUGUGUUGGAGGCUCUUUGAAAGCUCUCACUGUCCAUCUUCACCACGCGAGCCUGUUAAAAGUCCUCCGACUUAACAACUGCCGGCUGACAGCUGAGGAUGUCAUCUCCUUAGGAGAGGCAUUUGAAAUUGUUUCUCAGCUUGAAGAACUGGAUUUAUCAUGGAACAGUAACAUUGGUGGUAAACUAUCACUGCUGACAAAAAAACUUCAGGAAGGAUGCAAAUUAAAAUGUCUGAAAAUGACAGACUGUAACCUGACAGCAAAGGAUGGAGAAUCCCUUGCUGAAUUUCUAAAUGUGAUCCCAGACCUCGAAGUAUUAGAUAUCUCUAUCAACAAAAACAUUGGCUGCAGCAUGAAGGUUAUUGCUCAGGAUCUGAAAAAUGUGCCAGGCUUGAAAGAGUUAAACUUGCACAUGUGUGGAUUAAAGCAAGACAGCCUCCAGGGCUUAGACACUGCUUUACAGCACCUUGCAGAGCUAAGGAAAUUAGACAUCUCGUGUAACAGAGAGAUUGGUGGCGGCUUUAAAGCCUCAACAGCUCAUUUGGCCAGCUUGAAAAAUCUGGAAGUCCUUGAUCUUCACCAGUGCUGUGUCACAGAAGAGGACAUGACUGUUUUGUCCCAGGUGAUACCUUUACUCUCCAAUCUUCAAGAGCUGAAUUUAUCCUCGAAUAAAAAUGUAGGACUCUCAUCAGAUCCUCUUCUGGGCAGGCUCAGGUUUUUACCAAAGCUGAGAUCUGUGACCAUCAGCAAUUGUGGCUUAGGUGAAGAGUCCCUUUCAUCACUAGCUGAGGCUGCCCUUCACCUUCCUGAACUGGAGAUAUUAGACCUUUCUUGGAAUAAGUGCGUUGGUGGCAACCUAAAGCUGCUUUUGGGAGCACUAAAGCUUGCAACAGAGAUUCAAGUGUUAAGACUGAGCAGCUGUAACCUGGUGGCUGAAGAUUUGGCACUUCUAACAUCCCUGAGGCAAGAUGGCCACUUGGCCAGAAUGCAGAAGCUGGAUUUGAGUUACAACAACACCAUCUCUGAUGAAGGCUGGGCUGUUUUCUGCCAAGGUUUAGGAGCAUUCAAGGAACUCUCAGAGCUGGAUGUGAGCCUCAGUCCAUCGUCCUGCCGGGACUGUGGGCCGUGGUUUGGGGAGCUGUUGGCAGCACUGACACAGCUGCCAGCCUUGGCAGAGCUGGCCAUGCAAAGAUGGGCCCUUUCAGAGUCCCAGAGGAAGAAAAUGGAAGGCUUUAAUCAAGACAACAAAAGAAACAUUCGUUUUGACUGUUGAUGAAGGUUGGAGGUGUGUGGAAGGCCUUUUGGGAGCAGCACAUGAACCAAGCAUUAUGUGUCUCAGAAGAUGCAGUUUUUAAUAAUCUCUUGAAAUAGUUUCAUAGUUAUAGAAAACUGUUAUUUGACAUUCUGCAACAUAGAUCGUUCAAAUUCAGAUUCUCUGGGCCAUGCUUACACUAUUCAAUCUUCUUGUUGUGAAUAUUGCCAAGGCCACAGAGCAGUGCUGGGUCAGAGGGACCUGCUGCAGGUUUGGCCAUGGAGGGAAGGGCUGGGGUUUGUGUUGAUGCAGGUGGGUGGGCAGUGUCAAUGUGGCCUCAGAAAAUACCUCUAAUGUGAAAAUACUUGAAACCUCCAUGUUUUAUAUGCUAGUUUCUUCUCCCCUCAAACUUUUCCCUCUUUGUGAAUUAAUUAAAUCGUAAGUGGGAGAUUUGGCAUCCAUUCCAACAACACAACAUUAUAGAUUAGCCCAGGAAGGAGAAUACAGAAGGAGCUGGUCUGCCUCUGCUCUGGCCCUUGAUGCCAUCUCAUAGUGUAGAUGAGUCCUGUGUAGAGAAUCAGCAUAAAAUCAAGGUAAGAAACACUUAUUUGGUGUCUGUGCAAGUCUCAGGGGCAAGGAAAAAACUAUGGUACACUAAAUCAGAGAUAUGUCCUGCUACUUUAACAAGAAUUUUGGAUGCAGAGCAAUCAAUAAGUGCCAAAUUCUGGCACAAUCACUUGUGUCAUGGAGCAUGUUAACCCACACGUGAGCUCCAGGACUGCAGUGGGAUUAUUCAUCGGUAAGGUAUUUUAGGAAGUAAAGAUAUUAGAUCUGCCCACUGAGUGAGGAGUCUUAGAGAAAUCCUGAGGCAGCUUGAGGGAUAAAGUACUGCUCAAUUAGCUCUGAGCAUCUCUACAUGCUGCAGCAAUCUCCUGGAGGAGAGGCACAACAGGAUCAUUCAGUGGCAACUUCCUAAUUUGCUAAGGCCGCCCUCAGCAAGUUCUCCCCUGCAGAUGCUGAUCAAUAUUCAACUUUCAGUCCAUGCAACCCUUCCAACAUCAACUUUUCCCUGUUCAGGGCUAUAACCAGCAGCUGAAUGCUGAUACCCAUUGAUCAUUUAAUCCAUAAUUUCAUGUCAGAGUCACCCUGGACUUCCUGGUUCCACUUUCAGUUCCACAUGAAAAGUGCACUUGGCUCCCCCAGCUUUGAGAAAUGUGAGUUGAACUGGAGUCUCUUGGUCAGGGGCAGCAGGGAAUUGCUGUGUGGGAUCCCAAACCUCUGAAAUAAAUCAGAGCCCCUGCUUCAUUUAGGGCUAACAAGAGAGAUUUUCUAGCAGUGAGUUAAGCAAGGACAGUUGUUCUAAUGAAGAAAAACCAUCAUGUCUGUUUAACAGCAUCUCAUCAAGCUGUUCUAUUUAUCCCUUGCCUUCAUGUGACUUUCCUCCUCAAAUUCACCUUUGAUCCAACUGGAAAUUUUAUCUCUUAUCUGUUCUGUGAGAAUUUCUCAGAAUUAAUCCUUUCCCUCUUGAACCUCUCUCUCCAGUUUACCUUUAAUGUCCUCUUUCUGUUGAAAUCUUCCUAACUGAACUCAAGUUCAGUGUCGGGGUUUCCUGUUCUUUCAUAGCUGGAUUCCUCAUUCUCAGCUCCAGAGCCCAGAACAGACCCACUGCUGGCAAACUCUCCCCUGCCCCUGAUCCCCCUGCUCAGUCUUUGCCCUCUAAUUAUUCUGUCAUGCCAAUUGUGCCACUAAAAAGCUUUUAUCACCACUACUAAAAAUCUUCUAAAUCUGCCCAGAAAUCUCUCUUCCAGUGAUUUCCUCCUUGGCAGUUUCUGAUUCAUCCUUCUCUCUGUCCCUCUUUGCCUUCACUUAGAGUGAAAAAAUUUCACUAGACAUUUCCAAACAAUCAAAACAGCCUCAGUUACCCAGUGAAAUGGAAAAUCAGAGCAGAGCCGUCCCACUUUGCUGCAGUCCCAGCUCUCUCCUGCCAGUGAGCAUAUUAAUGAGAUUUCAGUAUCAAUCGAGAGCCAAACAGAGACGAGUGCCAUGCCUUGGAUGCAGAUUCAGAGAGCACUACCUGCAGAUGGAACUCUGGUUCUGAUCAACUCCCUCAGGAUGCACCACCUUCCCUGAGGCAAGGGGAGGGAGAGCAGCACUGCAACUCUGACCAGCCAGCUGAACUGAACAAAGGGUUCUGCUCCCACUCUGCAUUUUGAACCUGCACAGUCUAGCUCGAUGCUCUGUGUGCACUGCAGAUGAAACUCAGGGGCUUAAAGGGUAGCUGAGCAGUACAGAAUAAAAACUAGACAAGGACAUCUCGUGUCUAGGACAAACAGCUGUCUGCCUGUCAAGUGCUGUGGAAAGACAUGGUUGCACAUAGAUUUGGCAUGCAAGAAUUGUAGCAAUAUUAUGUUUGUCAUGGAUCUUUUUAAUAACAAAGGAGUUAUGAUGUGUCGGGACCAGAAUCAUGGCAGAAAUUGCAUCCUGCAGACCCACUGCUUUCAAAUAAGCCUGCCAUAGACAGACACAUCCCAAAUGUCACCAAGCCAUGUCAGAGAUGAGCAGUACCACUAAGGCAGUGACAGCUUGCAGUCAUUCAAAGUGCUGUAACUGCAGAUUGUCAAAACAUCAGUGAACAGUUUUUGCCAAAGUGUGGAGAUACUUUCAAACAGCUUUAUACAGCUCUGUAAGACAGGAUAGUAAUGCAGGUCCUGGUGUGGCCUGUCUGGAAUCCUGCUCCAUAUUUCCAAACAUAUUUCCAAGGUACUGGUCGUUUCUGGAGGUAAAGUGCAUAAGUGAGGUUUAUAAACUGUGAUGUUUUUGGGAUCAUUACUAAACACAGAGACAACAGGAGUUUUAAAUGCUGAGCUUUGAUAUUAUUCCUGUUCUGACAGUUCUGGCCUGAUGUUGCACCAGGUACCUAAAGAGAUUAAGAGUGCCUUCAGUCCUGCAUUUGGGAGCAGCUGAAGUCCAUGGAAUUUCCAUGCAGCAGCUGAACAAGAUCUUGCCCCUUCUAUUGUUCCUCCCUGCAAUUUGCUUAUGUCUUCUGGCAGACAUUUAAUUCCUUUAUCUUGUCCCAGCUAUAAUCUUUCUGAUGACUCCAGGAGAAAGAUCUCCUUUGGAAAGAUACUGAAUUUAUUUUCAGAAAGGUUAAGGCAUUUAAAAUUUUCAGUUCCUUCACCUCCACAGGUAUCUAGACACAGUCAUUAAAAAGAUAUAUUACGUCAAUUAAAUAGUAAUCUUUGGAAUUUUGUUUUUAGGGAAGAAAUCCCCUAAGAAAAUUCUGUGGAGCUGCAUUACUGUUGAUAGAUGAACACAGAAUAUUCUGCUCAUUAAUGUCACAUUAUACUUCACAGUAUGGUGGAAAUUUUGGCAAAGACAUCUAUGUUGUUUCCUGUGCUGGAAAGAUUUCUUAUGGGUUUAAUUUUAUUUCUUAGCAGAAACAUUAGUCUGCUUCUUCAUUUCCUUUGUAUGCACAGUGCAGCAGAGAGCAAUUUAAAUUAAUGAAAUCUGAAAGUGAGUCUUUUGCAUAAAUUGCUACUUCUGUAAAUGUAACCUUCAAGGAGAAAACUGCAUCAGUGAAAAAAAAUCCUUGAGAAAAAAGCAUUGCAUUAAAUAAAAAGGAAAGUGUAUUCUGAGGCCAAAAUAAGGAUGUCUAUGAAUACUCUUACACUCACCAUAGCCCAGGGGUGCAUAAUUGUUCAUUAUCAAAUGAACAGCUAAUGUUCAUGGAGUUAAAGACAUGAACAAUAUCAUAUCCAUUUUUAAAUUGCCCUGUGCUCACUCUGUGACAUAUUGAUUCUGUGCAAAUGCAGCUCUUAUUUUCCCAGUGUACACAGAAAAAAAAGAUGCAAAAACCUGCAGCAGUCCCUCCAGUCAGGAUUCCAUCUUUAUGAUUCAACACAAGGGUCAGUGUUUCCAACUUCUUGCUUUUUUCUGCCUGAAUUCUGAGAUGCCAGCAAUAAUGAGGAACCCAGGCUUGGGGUGUACCAGUGCAAUGUCCCUUCUCACUGUCGUGGGGAAAAGCGACACUUGGUUGUAAUGGAGAACUUGGAUUGUGCAAAAGGGAGGUAUCAAUAAAAUAUAAAGUAAAACAAAGGAACAAAUACAUUUUUCAUAGUGCACUUUCCUUUAGGAAUAGCAGCAAAGCGUUUUUCAUUCAGAUCUGGCAUCCUGACACGGAUUAACCUGGUGGAGGAUGCAGGUACAAUGUGUAAGGUGGUGCA